AUGGCGGCCGGAUUCAAGACAGCUGAGCCCUUGGAGUACCACCGGAGCUUUCUGAAAGAAAACUGUAGACCGGAUGGACGCGAACUGUUACAAUUCCGAACUACGACCAUCAACAUUGGGUCCAUCGGUACGGCGGACGGCUCGGCUCUGGUCAAGUUGGGCAACACCACGGUCAUUUGUGGGGUCAAAGCGGAGCUGGCCAACCCGUCGGUGGAGGCGCCGGGGAAAGGUUUUAUUGUGCCCAACGUGGACCUGCCGCCGCUUUGCUCCUCGCAGUUCCGACCCGGCCCGCCGGGGGAACGGGCCCAGGCCGCCAGUCACUUCGUGGCCGACGUCAUCGAGAGCUCUCAAGUCUUGCAAACGGAGGAUUUGUGCAUUGAAAGAGGCAAGCUAUGCUGGUCCUUGUACUGCGACCUGAUUUGUCUGGACUACGACGGCAACGUAUUGGACGCGUGCGUGCUGGUCCUGUUAGCCGCUCUGAAGAACGCCACGCUCCCCGAGGUAUCCGUCGACGCCGAGACCGGCGCGCCGAAGGUGGACUCGGAAAAACGACAAAGCUUGAAGAUCGUCAGGCAUCCCGUCGCCGCCUCCUUCUGCGUUUUUGACCGAUCUAUCCUUCUGGCCGACCCGACGGCCGAAGAGGAGCGACUGGCUACCGCUCGCGUCACCUUGGUGACAGACGAGGAGGGACGACUUUGCUCCGUGCACAAACCAGGCGGGACGUCUUUGUCUGGCGAGAAGCUCCAGGACUUGAUCGGCCGAGCCGCGGCGCGGCAGAAAGAAAUUCACAAACUUAUCGACAAAGUCAUUAAAAGCAUCGUGUAA